AUGCUAUUUCAUUUAUUUAUACUUAUUAUCUUGUCAGAUUUUUUCAUAAAUGGUGCUAUCGGAGAUGCAGGUGGAAGUGUCGAUGAUCAUUUAGAGAAAGGAAAGAAAUAUUUGGCAACUGGUCAAUUAGUAGAUGCUCUAUCAGAAUUCCACUUAGCAAUCGAUGGUGAUCCGAAAAAUUAUGUUGCAUAUUUUCGACGAGCCGCUGUAUACUUGGGUAUGGGGAAAUCUAAAUCCGCAUUACCUGAUUUAAAUAAAGUUAUUGAAUUGAAACCAGAUUUUUUUGCUGCUCGUAUGCAACGUGGAAAUUUAUUAUUAAAACAAGGAGAUUUCGAUGAAGCAAAACUCGAUUUUGAAAAUAUUUUAACAUCAGAUGCCUCAAAUAGUGAAGCACGUAGCCAAUUCGAAAUAACUACAAAACUAAUUCAAACAGUUAAAGAAGCUAAGAAUGCGUAUGCCAAACAAGAUUACACUAAAAAUAUUGAAUUACUUUCAGCAAUAAUUGAGCAUUGCCCAUGGGCAAUUACUUUACGUGAACAGCGUGCAGACAGCUAUUUAAAAUCGGGUGAUUACCCUAAAGCAGUUAGUGAUUUAAAAGCUACCGCAAAACUUAUACCGGAUAAUACUCAAGCAUUUCUUAAAAUAAGUCAAUUACUUUAUACGAUGGGUGAUGCAGAUGAUAGUUUAACUAAUAUUCGUGAAUGCCUUAAAUUAGACGCUGAUCAUAAAGAAUGUCAUUCACAUUAUACUAAAGUUAAAAAACUAGCUAAACAACUUGAAUCUAUUCGUGAUGGAAUAAGCCAGUCGAAUUGGAAAGAAUGUCUUGAUAAAGCGAAUCAAGUUCUUAAACUUUCAUCAGAUCCAUCAUCACAUGCAUUUAUAUAUCGUGCUCAUUCGUCACUAUGUACUUGUAUGUCACGUGGAAAAUCGCCAGCUAAAGAUACAAUUACAAAAUGUACAGAAGUUCUUGAUACCUAUCAUACAUCCGACGCUGAAUUGUUAGUCAGUCGUGCUGAAGCAUAUAUAUUAAAUGAAGAGUAUGAUUUAGCGUUAGCUGAUUUUCAACGUGCGCAUGACACAGAAGAUUCAAAUCGUGUCAAUGAUGGAAUAAAACGUGUACAAAAACUGAUAAAACAAUCGAAAAAACGCGACUAUUAUAAAAUAUUAGGUGUCAGAAGAUCAGCGAAUAAAGCCGAAAUUUUAAAAGCAUAUAGAAAACUUGCAAUUAAAUGGCAUCCGGAUAAAUAUGAAGGCGAAGAUAAGAAAAAAGCCGAAAAAAUGUUUAUUGAUAUAGCAGCGGCUAAAGAAGUGUUAACUGAUCAAGAAAAACGUGCUAAAUUCGAUGCUGGUGAUGAUCCACUAGAUGCAGAAGAACAAGCUCAACAGCACAAUCCAUUUCAAGGUUUUAAUCCAUUCGGUUCUGGCAACGGACAAGGCUAUACAUUUCGCUUUCAUUUUAAUUGA